GUGGAAAUAGUCUCAUUUGAAAAAGGACGUAGCACUGCAGCAGCACCAGAGCUACACAACCAGGCAGAAUGACUCAAGUGUUAGUGGUUUUAGUGUCCCUGUUGGCCUUCAGCAAUGUGCUUUAUGCUUUUUCGCCUACACUUAUUAGGGACAUGGCUAAAGUUCUCAUGGACAACUACUGCUCGCCAGAAAAGCUGGCUGGUAUGGAAGAGGCGAUCGAUGCUGCCAGCAGCAACACAGAGAUCCUUGCUAUUGAAGAUCCUACUGUGCUUGCAACCGUGCUGACCGAUGGAGUUAAGAGCACUCUCCGAGACCCCAGAGUUAAGGUCACCUAUGAGCCAGAUUAUGUCCCGGAGGUACCGCCGGCAAUUCCUGACAUCCCACCGGAGCAACUAGCUGCUGUGGUGAAGGACACCGUAAAUGUAGAGGUCCUGGAGGACAACAUUGCCUACCUGAAGAUUCAGCACAUUAUCGGGGAGGAGGUGGCUCAGAAGAUUGGAUCACUUCUGCUGGAGCAUGUCUGGAGUAAAGUUCUCCCGACCUCUGCAAUGAUCCUGGACCUUCGCUAUGCGGUCACUGGGGAGAUGUCAGGCAUCCCUUACAUUGUGUCCUAUUACACGGAUGCUGAGCCACUCAUCCAUAUCGAUUCCAUCUAUGAUCGCCCCUCAGAUAGUACCUCAGAGCUCUGGUCCAUGCCCACCUUGCUAGGAACAAGAUAUGGAACCUCCAAGCCCUUGAUCAUUCUGACCAGCAAGAAUACAAUUGGUGUUGCAGAAGAUGUCGCAUACAGCCUUAAAAACCUCAAAAGGGCUACCAUCGUAGGUGAGAAGACCGCUGGAGGAUCGGUGAAGAUUGACAAGAUCAAGGUCGGUGAUACUGACUUCUAUGUCUCAGUUCCCGUAGCUAAAUCCAUCAACCCCAUCACGGGCAAGAGCUGGGAAGUCAAAGGAGUAACACCGGACGUCAGAGUCGAUGCAGAAGAUGCUAUGGAUGCCGCCAUAGCCAUCAUCAAGCUUCGUGCUGAGAUCCCUAUGAUUGUCAAGGCUGCUGCUUCUCUGGUUGCUAAAAAUUAUGCCUUUGAAAGUAUCGGGGUUGACGUCGCUGAAAAACUAGAGGCUCUCUUGAACAGCGGCGAGUAUAGCAUGGUCUCCUCAAAGAAACAACUUAAAGAAAAACUCUCAGCUGAUCUUGCAAAAUUGUCAGGGGACAAUUGCCUGAAGAUCACUGACAACUCUCCUACGAUGCUUCCAACGGACGCUUCACCAGAGAUGCUGAUUGAGCUUAUCAAAGUCUCAUUUCAAACUGACGUGUUCGAGAACAACAUUGGUUACCUCCGUUUUGACAUGUUUGGGGAGUUCAACCAAAUCGUUGUUGUGGCUCAGAUCAUUGUGGAGCAGGUUUGGAACAAAGUGGUGGACACAGAUGCCCUGAUCAUUGACCUCAGGAACAACGCUGGUGGGUCUAUAAACCCGAUUGCCGGAUUCUGCUCCUACUUCUUCGAUGCGGACAGGGAGAUUGUGCUGGACAAACUGUACGACAGACCCUCAGGCACCACGAAAGACCUCGUCACCCUUCAGGAGCUGACAGGGAGGAGAUACGGCUCCAAGAAGAUCCUGCUGAUCCUGACAAGCAGCGCAACAGCCGGCGCGGCCGAGGAAUUCGUUUACAUCAUGAAGAAUCUCGGCCGCGCCAUGAUCGUGGGUGAGCCGACCAGCGGCUCCUGCCAGCCCCCGAACCCUUUCCAAGUCGGUGACAGUGACAUCUUCCUGGCUAUUCCUACCACCCACUCGGAUACAGCCCAGGGUCUGGCCUGGGAGGGGACCGGAAUCGCACCUCAUAUCCCGGUGCCUGCCGACACAGCUCUGGACACGGCCAAGGGAAUCCUCAACAAGCACUUUUCAGGCCAGAAAUAAGCUUCUGAGCUGAGCUAGGUGGCCUAAGAACAGAGAUAGAAGCAAGCGAGGCUGUUUUUGCAUCCAUUUCUGAACAAAACUGUAGACUGUAGGCCUUUAAAGGGCCCAUAUCAUGGAAAACUGAACUGUGCUGAAAUAAAAGAGUUUGAUUUAGUUGUCUGGUCUGGCCAUUCCAUUCUCAGUCCGAACUGUCUAAUAUAUGGAAAGUGAACUGCUUUAUUUUUGUGAUGUCACAAAACACUGACACAUUUAUUUAUAUACAUUGACCUAUUCAGCACCACCUACUCACAUUGAAGUUAUAAGGAGUGUUUCAGUCCAGACUGCUAAAUUCAAACAGCAGUGUAGGCUGAAACACUCUCAGCCAAUCAGAGCAGGGCUCAUUUACAUAUAUCAGUCUUAAAGGCACAGUAACUAAAUCAGCCUGUUUAAUGCCUGUUUGAGGGAUUGAGAGAGGUUGGGAAAAUGAUCAUGGAGAAAUUAAUUAUGACUGUUUUUGACACAUGAAUCCAUACUAAUGUUAUAAAUGGAAAACAUAGGACAAAUGUUAAGAUAUGGGCCCUUUAAUGCACCCUUUUAUGCCACUACUCUGAAAGUAUAAAGAAUAUCCAGAUACAUUCAGAUGUUAUUUAUGUUGUGUUGCUCUGUAUGGCCAGUAUACUCCUGUUUAACAUCUGAAGUGACCAUAAAUGGACAUGUUCAGAGUGUGAAACUGUUGUGGAUGAGAAGCUCAUUGUAAUGUUUUCCUUGUUUUCUGCAUGUGUGAAUAAGUAGGAGUUGUAUCGAAAUUAAACAAAAGAACAGAAUAAAGGUGAAGGGGAGGAGAA